GAGAGAGAGAAAGAAGAGAGGGAGGGAUAGUCGGUGAUACUUUUCUGCACUGCAACAGACACACACAUACGGUGUGGAAGGACGACAGACUCGGAGCCUCAGUAAAGCCGCUGUUGUUCACACGCUGUGCUCUUUUCCUCCCCCUGGCACCGUGCGCGCUCGCCAAGCCGCACUGUUUGGAGAUAGUCCGCGCGGAAAGUUUUUUGGAGCAUACAGUCUGGAGCCGAUUAAUUGUGGCAUCUGUUUUUUGUUUUUUUUGUGAGGCGGAUGACUUACUUUUUUGCAUGUGAAGACUUUUAAAUCGAGCUGAGGAAUUGUCAAAGUCGUUUUUUGCACAGAAUGGAAGGUAAAUUGACAAGUCGUUUGUGGCGAGGAUCACCGUGUGGAUCUUUCCGCAGGUAAAACUCGCUAUGACCUGAGCGUGUGAGCGGCUGGAUUUAAUGUUCAUAACAAGACUUUUCAUGUUUUUGGUUUGACAUACUCAUAGCUAUAAUCGGGAACAGUUUUUACUCGGAUAGGGACUAUAAAAUUAGGCCGCUUUCUUUUAGAAAUCGACAAAGUAGCCUACAUCCGACGUUUCCGCCAGUGGCACUUUGGGUUUGCCGUAGAUGGGUUUUAUUUGUUUAUAAUUACCGCAAAGUUACGCACCGAUUCGUUAAAGGAACUGGUCAUUUACUUACUGUCUUUGGACAUUUUAUAUAUCCCGCUGCUUCCUACAAGCCCUCUAAACUGUUUGGCGCACGGAGCGCAUUCACUGAUUGUUGGGCGUCCGUGUUUACCAAAACACCAAACCUGAAGAACUAUUUUAGCUUUAGCGUUCCGCUUUCUUCACCUCGGCCAAGCAAGAACUUUCCAAGAAAUCCGGAUAAACAACGAGACUUGUCUUCACUGCAGCGGAAAAGGAAAUCUCAAAUCCACCUGGCCUGCUCUGGGAUUAUUGGUUUGAUAUCGUCUUCAGAAAGUGGAUUACAACUUCUAACGUGCUGUGCUCCCUGAUCAAACGGCAGUAUGAACCUGGGGCUGGGCUGUGUGUGUCGGCCAGUUUGCUGGCCCUUUGGCAGCUUGUUGGACUCCAGACACUGUGUCUUUGCCCUCACACUCCUCACCCUCCUCAUGCAGGUGGUGGUGGAGGCCAACUCAUGGUGGUCUUUGGCCAUGAACCCUUUACUGAUCCCGGAGGCCUACAUCAUCGGUGCCCAGCCUCUGUGCAGCCAGCUGGUGGGCCUGUCGCAGGGCCAGAAGAAGCUGUGCCAGCUCUACCAGGACCACAUGCAGUACAUCGGUGAAGGUGCCAAGACAGGCAUCAGAGAGUGCCAGUACCAGUUCAGACAUCGGCGCUGGAACUGCAGCACGGUGGACAACUCCUCUGUUUUCGGACGGGUCAUGCAAAUAGGCAGCAGAGAAACGGCAUUCACUUAUGCCAUCAGCGCGGCAGGGGUGGUGAACGCGGUGAGCCGUGCCUGCAGAGAGGGGGAGCUCUCCAGCUGUGGGUGCAGCCGUGCGGCUCGUCCCAAGGACCUGCCGCGAGACUGGCUGUGGGGCGGCUGCGGAGACAACCUCAACUACGGCUACAGGUUCUCCAAGGAGUUUGUGGACGCACGUGAGAGGGAGAAGAGCUACCCCAAAGGCUCGUAUGAGAGCGCCCGGCUGAUGAUGAAUAUACACAAUAACGAGGCUGGAAGGAGGACGGUGUCGGAUCUUGCCAACGUGUCCUGCAAGUGCCACGGUGUAUCAGGCUCCUGCAGCCUGAAGACUUGCUGGCUGCAGCUGGCUGACUUCCGCAAGGUGGGCGACGCACUGAAGGAAAAGUACGACAGCGCUGCAUCCAUGAAGCUCAACUCGCGUGGAAAGCUGGUGCAGAUGCACAGCAAGUUCAACGCUCCCACAAGCCACGACCUGGUGUACAUAGAGUCCAGUCCAGACUACUGCCUGAAGAACCAAAGCACGGGCUCCCUAGGCACAGUGGGGCGCCUUUGCAACAAGACCUCGGAGGGCAUGGAUGGGUGUGAGCUGAUGUGCUGCGGCCGCGGUUACGACCAGUACAAGGCGCAGAUAGUGGAGCGCUGCCACUGCAAGUUCCACUGGUGCUGCUACGUCAAGUGUAAGCGCUGCACCAAAAUCGUAGACCAAUUCGUCUGCAAGUGAGAAGAGGAGCGUCGCCUGUGGGUGUUUGCUUGCAGACGAUGGGCAUACAUCGGAGUGUAUUCGUGAGCAGAGGAGCAAAGGAGUUGAACACACAGAGAGAGAGAGAGAAUGGAAGAAAGAAACUAUAUAAAUUAUAUUUAUAGAGUUAAACAAUUAUGCCAUUGCAAAAAGACUGACUCUUUUUUUCCAAAAAAAAAAAUCUUAUGUCUUCAGAAACAGAGUAUCGUGAAAUAUUUAUUUUGAGAUUGUUAUGUUUUAUUUUGGCCCAGUCAUCACCAGCUGAUUUGAACCCAUUCAUGUGCCUAAAACUGGCUGGGACUCUCCCCCCACUCGACCCCCCCCCCCCCCCACUAUUUAUAAAUAUCAGAAAAUACCAUUUUUCUUGUCAGAUGGGUGACACUGAUUGUGAAAUUGGACUGUGCUUCCAAUUUCCUAAGAAGAAUAGUGUUUGAUAUUUGUGUCAUAGUUGACGAAGAGGUCCUGCUUUGUUUGAGAAUGACUGUGUUGAGAGGAGAACGCCUGUGUGCUGUAGUGUAGGGGUGUGUUUUCAUGGGCCCAGUCCCAAACCAGUCUUCACAUCCUAUCGGAAGUCUACUCAUCCCCUCUCACCACAUGUAGAGUAAGGAACACUGUUGGUUCGUGCGAGUCCUUGGAGUACAAUGGGUACAUUAAGAGGGUGUUUUGGGGAUUGGGCCAUUUAUUAAGCUGUCCCAGAAGCCUUAGAGUUCCCCAGGUGCUGCAACAAGCCCUCCACCAUUAUGCACUUUGAUACAGAGGCUUAAACCUGUCUGUGCGUGUCUGUUCAGCUGUUGUUGUUUUAUUACUACAGUGCAUCAGCAAAUAUAUCAAUAUUAUAGCCUACAUUCUUUUCCAUAUUAAUUCAGAUUAUCCAUUUAACAUUAUUCUACAAUACUUAAUAUGGUUUGAAUAUAUAUGGGUAAUGUUGUGGUUACAGUGGUGAAAUAUUCCAUGCUCUUUGUAUAUAGUAUGUCUAUCCAACCAAUCAGUAAACUGUAUUUAUUUUCUUUAACCAGAUCCUCCUCGAAGCUUAAAACAGAAAAGAAUCUUCUCCAUCAUAGAUCAAUAUUUAGUCAGACAACCUCAAGUUUUUUUAAGGUCACUUUUUAAAAAUUGUGUUCUCACUAAUGCGGCUCUUCACUGUUUUUGUAAAGGGAAAUGCACCUUAUUGUUUCAACACACAAAUUCUUUCUUCUCACUCAUGUUCAGCUUUACUGUUACACACACACGUAUAUAAAUAUAUAUCACAGAUGUUCAGAUUUAUCAUCAUCACCACAGAUUUCCAUUACCACUCAGUUAACUGCUCACUAUCCCUGUGAUGAUUAUCAAUAGACAGACUAUUUCUACCAAUCCAGAUAUGUAUAUUUAUAAGCUUCUCCAUGAAUUUGAGGUUUGUUAAACGUAAUGUGUUAUAGCUGAUAUUUUGUUACUUUUUACAAAUUGGCUCAAUGCUCUUCUUUGUUUCAAUAAAUAUCAAAUGUAAAACCAGAA